GAUGCCAUCAUUCAGCAACGUUGCAUGACUGUUUCCCUCCUCCAGCAGCUCAAAGAGGUAAACAGGCUCUGAUGACGAGUCUUUGCUAAAAUCACUUCACCCCUUUAACUCGUCAAUCCUCUCAGGACCCUCGAAGUACCCCUCACAGGGGGGAUGCCAGUGUUGCUGAAUGCCAAUGCCUCUUUCAGCUCUAGACAGGAGCUCCUGGACCUGCAGGACUGUCCUCACAAUGGGGGUCCCUCUGUGGACACCUCUAGUCCGGAGGAUUCCCUCACAGGAAGCCCCAUCGGCUCCRGUCCUAGAAGCCCUGACCGGCCCGGAGCCGAUGGCUCCAUCAGGCCCCAUAUCUUUACGGGGGCCACCAUGCUCCCCGGGGAGUUGUACGGAGGGGCCAUGCAGCCUGACCCAAAGGUUCCUCUGGGGAUAUCGCCGAUUUCCAACGACUCGGACCACCUGUGUGGUUGGGGGGCUCUGACACCCAGAUUCAUCCAGGUUUUCAACACCCCGCGCUGGGUGCUGUUCUUCCUCUGCGUGGCCUCUUUCCUCCAAGGGAUGAUCAUCAAUGGCUUCAUCAACACCGUAGUGACCUCCAUCGAGCGGCGCUUCGACCUGCGCAGCUACCAGGCCGGCCUCAUCGCCAGCUCCUACGACAUCGCCACCUGCUUCUGCCUGGCCUUCGUCAGCUACUUCGGCGGCACGAGGCACAAGCCCUGCUGGCUGGGGUGGGGCGUGCUCAUCAUGGCGCUGGGUUCUCUGGUGUUUGCCUUGCCUCAUUUCACCGCGCCCCCUUACCUGGUCAAUGUGCCAGAGCAAACGGGAAUGUGCUCUGCUAACCGAACCAACCAGUGCCGGGACACGGAGGCCGGAGGACUGUCGGGUUAUCGAUUUGUGUUCAUGCUGGGACAGUUCCUGCACGGCAUGGGUGCCACUCCUCUCUACACGUUAGGGGUCACGUACCUGGACGAGAACGUCGGCUCCAACUAUGGACCAGUUUACAUUGGGAUCUUCUACACGGCAGCCGUGGUGGGUCCUGCAGCCGGCUACCUGCUGGGAGGUUACUUCCUCAACAUUUACACCGACGUCCACCUGACGACAGAGAUGUCUCCAGACAGUCCUCACUGGGUCGGGGCCUGGUGGAUUGGUUUCCUCGCAGGAGGAGCUGCUGCCUUGCUGGUCGCCCUCCCCAUCCUGGGCUACCCCCGGCAGCUGCCUGGCUCACAGAAGCAUACGAACAUGCGGGUGUCUGAAACCCACCAGCUGAAGGAUGGAAGCCACAUCACGGCCUCGGACCCCCAGUUUGGAAAAUCAGUCAAAGACAUGCCGAGAUCUGUGCUGCUCCUCUUAAAGAACCCGACCUUCCUGUUCCUGUGCCUGGCCGGAGCCACGGAGACCAUGCUUGUCGCAGGCAUGUCCACCUUCGGCCCAAAGUUCUUAGAAUCCCAGUUCAACAUCAGCGCAUCCGAUGCCGCCAUGUUGUUUGGUUACAUGGUGGUACCAGCCGGAGGUGGAGGCACCUUCCUGGGCGGCUACAUCGUGAAGAAGUUGAACCUGCGCUGUCGGGGCAUCAUCMGAUUCUGCAUGAUCUGUGCCUUGAUCAGCCUCUUCUCCACCCUCAUCUUCCUCUUCCACUGUCCCAACAUGCCCAUGGCUGGUGUCAUGGCGCCGUAUCAGUCCGAUCUGAUGGGGCAGCAUCAGCUGGAUCAGUACAAACAGCUGUAUGACAAACCCAGUGCAGGGCAUCUGAGAAACAGCUCUUUCGUGGACGAGAACCUGACGUCGGGCUGUAACGCAGCGUGCAGCUGUGUCAGAGAACAGUACGACCCCGUGUGCGGCGCAGACGGCGUGAUGUAUUACUCCCCCUGCCACGCUGGCUGCACUUCAAUCAACUCCACUGAGCUCUCCUCUGGUAAACAGGUGUACUCUGGCUGCAGCUGUGUGCUGGGGAACGUUUCCUGGGGCGGGGAGGGCUUCGCUCAGGCGGGGAAGUGCAGCAGCUCCUGUAACCACAUGGUGGCCUUCCUCACCCUCUUCUUCAUCCUCAUCUGCUUCACCUUCCUCAGCAGCAUUCCUGCUCUCACUGCCACCCUCAGGUGUGUCCCCGACAGCCAGAGGUCCUUCGGUCUUGGUAUUCAGUGGAUUGUGGUGCGUUUAUUUGGCAGUGUUCCAGGACCAAUAGCGUUUGGCUCUGUGAUCGACAUCUCCUGCCUGCUGUGGCAGGACCAGUGUGGCGAGCAGGGCUCCUGCUACAUCUACCAGAACUCAGCCAUGAGCCUGUACACGCUCAUCGCUGGCGUCAUCUUCAAG